AUGGGGCCCACUGAUGUAUGGAGAUACCACUGGGUGGCAAUCCUGCUCUCAGCCUCACUGUUGGCCUCUUGGAGUCCUCCAGCCGCAGCCCAGUUCACCUUCAGUGCCAACCCACUUACCACCCAAAGUGAGAAGGAUGUUGUUCUUCUGUUUGGGAACCCCCGGACAUCCUAGACUCAUGGCAGAUUCAGAGAAUCACUGGCCAAGCCCACCAUUUCAGUCACACCAGGCACUGCCACAGAGCAGAAGGAAAGGGUGACCUUCUUCUGCAACACCAAGGACGUCGAUGUUACCAUCCACUGGGUCUCCAACAACCUCCCCCUUGUGCUUCAUGAGCGCAUGCAACAGUCCACAGAUGGCAAGACGCUCAUCAUCCUCAUCGUCCAGCGGGAGGACUCUGGGAUUUACCAGUGUGAAGUCCAAAAUGCUCUUCAGAUCCAGAGCAGUGAUCCCAUCCUACUGAAUGUGAACUAUGGUCCUGACUUCGUUGAAAUCAAGUUGGAGUCCGGUGUCCCCAGUGGGGAAGUGGUUGAGGUGAUAGAGGGCUCCAGCGUGACCUUCAGGGCAGAAACACAGUCUUACCCAACCCCUGACUAUACCUGGCUUCUCCCCAAUGUCUCCAUCCUGUCUCCCACCACGAGAACAUUCACCAUCCAAGAUGUGUCCAGAGAACACGAGGGCCUGUACAGGUGCUUGGUGUCCAAUAAUGCCACCUACCUGUCCCGCCUAGGUGCUCUUAGAGUUCGAGUCCUUGAAAGGCUGACCACGCCCCCGGUUGUGUCUCCAAGCCCGAAUCUCUUGGAGAACGCCAGCUCUGGGAACCUGACCUGCCAAACCAUCUAUGAAAGGGCUGCUGUCCAGUGGUUCCUGAGUGACCAGCCCCUCCUGCCCAGUGAGCGCCUGACAUUGUCGGCUGACAACAGGACCCUGGUCAUCCAUGGCCUCCGGCGGGACGACACGGGGCCCUACGCCUGUGAGAUCUGGAACUGGGACAGCCGAGCCCGGAGCGAGCCCCUCAGCCUGGUCAUCAGCUAUGGCCCUGACCUAGUGGACAUCACCAAGGGGCCGGAGUCUGAGGCAGUCAACACUAUCGCAGCCGGGCUCAACUCCAGCCUGACUCUGCAGUGCCGGGCUGCGUCCAAGCCGGAAGCUGAGUAUCGCUGGGCCUAUCCCAUUGGGGUGUAUGUCGGAGAGCAGUUGGUCAUCCGAGCUCUGACCUGGGAACACAGCGGGGCCUACAGCUGCAUAGCCUCCAACCGUCUGACUGGCCUGGCCCGCUCCGCCUCAGUUCUGGUCAAGGUGGUUGGUCCACAGUCCUCCUCCUCCCUGUCCUCAGGGGCCAUCGCUGGCGUUGUCAUCGGGAUCCUGGCGGUCAUUGCCCUGGCCGCAGGCCUGGGCUAUUUUCUGUGCGUUGGAAGGGCCAAAAAGCGCUCAAGGAGAACGGAAGAGGACCACACCCAUGGGUCCACACGGCCCACCCCUCGGGAGAAGCCCAAACCCAGCAGCCCUGAGCAUUGCAAUAUACCCAAGCUCCAGGGACAGUCCAGAGUCAAAAAGAUGCAGCUGCCUUCAGCAAACCCUGGAGGCCGUCCUUUGAAGCCCCCACUAGUCCCUCCUCGAUCAAAAUCAAGCAUGGACUAUGAGAUGCAGCCGCCGCCCAUCCCAGACCAUGAUUAUGAGCGUCUUAAGAAUUCAGAACACAGCUUUUACAGCCAACUCAACCCUCCAGUCCAAUGCAAGCCGAAAUCCUUUUUCCAGAAGUUCUAG